ACACAAGCCAGUCCAGUGAUCUAGUAGUUGUAGUUAUAGUAGUAGUGGUGUCAAGACUUCCACUAAAGGAUGAGUUCACCAUCUUGGACGGAGAGGCAGAACGAGCUGUUCGAGCAGGCGCUGAACACAUACAACAAGGACACGCCUGACCGGUGGCAGAACGUGGCGCGGGCUGUGGGCGGCGGCAAGACGGUAGACGACGUGAAACGGCACUAUGAGGAGCUGGUCCAAGAUGUGGACCGCAUUGUUCUUGGAGACCUCCGCCAGUACGGUGGCAACAACAACGGUGGUUCCAGCCGCGGUGGCAGCAGCCAGGAGCGGAGGCAAAGGUACCUCAAUAUCCAGUGAUCGCUGGGCUGGUGCGAGAAGGACAUGGUCUUACAGCCCACGAGCACAGCUAGCCUUCAUCUCUUUCCAGCAUGAAACCAGUACUCUAUCUACACUAGAUACAUAUGAGCCGCCCCAUGGUGAUGGUGAUCCUGUCCUGUAGCUAAAGUAGCUACCUAGCGCGCUCCGAUGAUGAUAAGGAUGACAACGAGAAAAUAAGUCCUAGGCAUAAUCGAGUCUCACAUCGGAUCUGUAUCUUUCGUAUAUUUUGUACCCAUUAUCUACGUUUAUAUGCCCCACCACGAACCUUGUCCCCAGCUAUGGGUUUAGCGCUGGUACUGCUGGAGGUAUCAUACACGACGGGAGUAUGUAUCUUGGUGUAGGGGUAUGUCUCUCUGUCUAAUCGGUUAGCCCAUGUUGCCA